AUGGAAUCAAAGACCAGAUUAGUCUCCAACCUCCGCCUCCUUAUCCCCCGUCUCCGCCUCCUACAGAAGAAAGAUACAGCCUCCUCAGUCGUCCAACGCCGCGAGCUCUCCCAGCUCCUAAGUGAAGGCCGCGAUGCAUCAGCGCGCAUCCGAGUCGAAAAUGUCAUCGCAACAGAUAUCGCAGUGGAGGUAAUGGAGAUGGUCGAGCUCUACUGUGAGCUACUGCUGGCGCGCGCAAAUGUGUUGGAUCAGAUGGCCUUCAGCGACCAGGGGACCCGUGCCAGACUUCGCGCCAAGGAAUUGCUCAAGCAGCGCACCCAGGAACAAGCUGGUGCUACAGUAUCAACCACCGCGGGCCUCAAGGGUGCUGGGGAAAUCACUGGCUCGCGAUUCGGGUUCUCUUGGCUGGGAGGGGGAGCGCAAAAGAAGGAGGCUGAGCGGGCUGCACCUAUUACAGCAUCUGGUGCGGCAGAUGACUCCGGUGAUGGGAUUGCGGAUGAGGAUAACCCCUACAUGGAUACUGCGAUCGAUGAGGCUGCUACGGUGGUCUUCUAUGCGUGGCAUCGCUUUCCGCAUGAGGUGCGCGAAUUCACUAUGCUUCGUACUAUGCUGGGCGAGCGAUACGGCAAGGAGUUUAUGACUCUAGCGCAAGAUAAUAAAGUCGAUACUGUGAAGGUUCCGGAUCGGCUUCUCAAGGGAUUACGUGUGCGUCCACCAGGACAGGAACUUGUGGAGAGUUACCUUCGAGAAAUUGCGAACGCAUACGGCGUUGAAUGGCAUGGAAGCGAAGAAGAGCUGGGAAGUGCGCCAGAAUUUGUGGAUGAUCUUGGUGAUUAUGGCGCACAGGAACCCCAAUUACCGCAAACUCCUAGCAAACAGCAAGGAGACUCAGCAUUAGGGCCGAACCCCUCUGAAACGAGACGUGCCUCGGAUGCCAGUGAAUUGACCAAAGCUACACCUCCACGUGGACUCGCUUCGGGCCGAAGUCCUGUUAGCGUUGCGCCGCCAGCUCCCAGAACGGACAAUCCCAAUCCCAGAGUCAAGCUUCCCGGUGCAGAGGGCAAAGCUGCUGCUGCUCCAAAGGAAGACACCGCAUCUAAGGGCAAGAGUAACAACGGUGGGAUACCCGAGCUGGAUGAACUGACGCGAAGAUUUGCGGAUUUGAAGAGGAGACCAUAA